AACUGGUCCCAUCUUCAAUCAGUGUGGAGCAAAACCUGAAAUACCUGAAGGCGGAGCUGAAUCUAGACAACAGUGAGUGUGAAUGUGACUCACGUGAGGAGGGAGGGACAGGUGUGUAUAAAACCCAGAGCACGACUUCACUACCGUUAUUCUGAAAAAACCUGCCAACAUGUCGACUCAGCCAGUGUCGGUCAGUGUGAGCUCGCUGUGGCUCGAGGAGCAGUUUAAAUGCUGCAUCUGUCUGGACAUUUACCGGGACCCCGUGUCCACUCCGUGCGGUCAUAACUUCUGCCUGGACUGCAUUGAGGGCUACUGGGAGACCAAGUCCCGCCCCGAGUGCCCCCUUUGCAAAGAGACCUUCAGCAGCCGCCCGGAGCUACGCAUCAACCACGGCUUCAAAGAAAUCAUCCGGCAUUUUGAAACGUCCCUGUCUAAUCCCGGACAGGACAAUGAUCCGAGCACUUUCGGACUCACCGACCCCGCCACCUUCUCCACCUCUCAUCUCUGCAGAAGACACAACAAACCUCUGGAGAUGUUCUGCAAGAAAGACCAGACGCCAGUGUGCUCCAGCUGCACCGCCAGAGACCACAGGAACCAUCCGACAGUGCCCAUAGACCGAGCCUGCAAGAAAGUCAAGGUUUCACUAAAAGAAACUAAAGCCCAGAUUAAAAAGAUGAUGCAAGAAAGAAUUCACAAAACAGAGGAGAUUCAACAGGCCGUGGACCAGAGCAAAAAAGUGAUGGAGAGGCAGAUCCAGCAGAGUGUGGAGGUGUGCACCAUGCUGAUCAGUGCAGUGGAGAGACAGCAGAGCACUGUGGUGGAGGAGCUGCAGAGGAGACAGGAGGAGGUGGAGGAAAAAGCCAACCAAAUGAUCAACCACCUGCAAGCAGAGUUGAAGGCCCUGCAGACCAGAGGCAUCGAAAUAGUCAACCUGCAGGCUACCCAGAACCCCCUGGAGAUGUUACAGACUUUUCCUUCAGUGAAUAAACUACCUCUGACACAAGACUGGACUCAAGUCAAAGUGUAUCCAGACAGCGGUACAGGAGCGAUCAGAGAUGGUGUGACGGAAAUGAUUGAAAUCUGCCAGAAAGUCAGCGACAAACUGCUGGAAGAAGAAGUGGAGAAGCUGAGUCAGUACGCUCUGGACGUGACCUACGACCCAGACACCGCUUCAGGAUGGCUAGAGAUCUCUGCUGACGGCAAACAGGUGAGCCUCUGCAGUCAGAAGAAGAAGCUCCCAGUGACCGACAAUGACAAACGCUUCGACUCGUGCGUCUGUGUCCUGGGCAAAGAGAACUUCUCCUCUGGGCGACAGUACUGGGAGGUCCAGGUUGGAGAUAAGACCGACUGGGACGUGGGCGUGGCUCAGGAGUCCGUGCAGAGGAGAGGUUCGAUCUCUGUGCGUCCGGACGCUGGUUUCUGGUCGAUCUGUCGUCGAAGGGGCAGUCUGGGCGCGUGCACUAGCCCCUCCCUCCCCCUGCCUCUGACCCCGCCCCCACAGAGAGUGGGCGUGUACGUGGACUAUGAACAGCGCUGCGUGUCCUUCUACGACGCAGAGCUCAAAAAACUCAUCUACAGUUUCACAGACUGCGACUUCAGCGGAGCCGUGGUCCCGUACUUUAACCCAUGUGUGCAGGACAACGGGAAGACGCCCCCUCUGGUCAUCUGCCCCGUGGUGAAGAGCACGAGAGAGGCCCGAAAAGACCUGAUCAUGAGGACCACUGUCUGACUGUAUCCUCGGGCCGCACAGUAUAUCACAUUCAAAUUAAAACCACUAUUUAAGUUGUAGCUGUAGUUUAGACCAAACCUUUCCUUAGUAUUACUAUGUGUCAAUAAGUCCAAAUGUUACAGGAUCAAACUUACAUGUACCUGAUGUGUUAAAGACUUUGUUAAGCUGCUAUAAUUUGACUGUUUUAUGUUUUUAUACUCGAGUAUUUGAUGUUAGUGACCUGCACCAGGUCGGACUUUGAUUUAAAUAUUGUGAAUUCACAAUAAAAUAAGUUUAAAAUGAAA